AUGGUGAAGAAGUUCGGCAUCCCAAUCACCGUGCGGGAACAGUUGCGGCUGAAUGGUGUGAUGAAUGUGUCCCUCUUUCUCCACACCGAACUCGUCCUCCGCCCAAUCGCUUAUGAGUGGUUGUUCCCGAUCACCGCAUUGCCUCCAUGGUUUCCCCGGGUUCUCUACGCUACGCAGGUGAUCCUCAAAAACAACAUCUAUCUGAUCUACAUCCCGUCGGCGAUCAAUCGUUUUACCGCUUUCUACUAUCCAAUCAAACAUCAACAUAUCUGGGGUUGCGCGAGAUUCCGGGUGCUUUUCUUCCUCGUGUGGACGAUCUCCACGAUUUUCGCUUUGCCAAGCAUUCUCUCGGAUUCGGCUCAAUUCGUUCGAGCUCACGACAAUGGACCGCUUGAUUUGAUCGCCUUUGAUCAAUUGAUCGGCGAAACCCUCUCGUUUCUCCUCUCGUUGACGGCCGUCAUUGUGACAACAUCGCUUUCGAUCGCUUGUCUCCUCAAAUAUCGUUCCAUGCACUUUAGAGUCAAUCGAAAUCUCUACGAAUGCCAACUCUUUCUCACCUCCCUCACCGCCUAUCCUCCAUUUCUCAUCUACACGAUUAAAAGCGUCCUCGAAUUGGUCUCCUCCUUCACCGGAAAUGAAUCGAUGAAGCAAACCUAUUUGAUCACCUGG